CUUUGGCCGCCGCUCCAUGCAGCGCUACGCGCGGGGCGCGGCGGGGCGCGGGGCCGCCGGGCUGGGGGACGAGCGCGACGGGGGGCCGCGAGGGGGCCCGGCCGCCGUCGCCAGCUCCUCAGUGCUGCCCGCCGCGCCCGGGGGCAGCGUGUUCCCGGCCGGCGGCGGGCCCCUGCUCACGGGCGGCGCGGCUGUGCACAUCUCCGCCUCAGGAGCUGCCAAGGCCACCCUUUACUGCCGUGUCUUCCUGCUCGACGGAACCGAAGUGAGCGUGGACCUGCCGAAACAUGCCAAAGGCCAGGAUUUGUUCGACCAGAUUGUGUACCACUUGGACCUGGUGGAAACAGAUUAUUUUGGUCUGCAGUUCCUCGACUCCGCCCAGGUCACGCACUGGCUGGAUCACUCGAAACCCAUAAGGAAACAGAUGAAAGUUGGACCUGCCUAUGCUUUGCACUUUCGAGUCAAAUACUAUUCUUCAGAACCAAACAACCUUCGAGAGGAAUAUACAAGGUACCUGUUUGUUUUACAACUCAGGCAUGACAUUCUUUCUGGAAAACUGAAGUGCCCCUAUGAAACAGCUGUGGAACUAGCUGCCCUCUGUCUACAAGCGGAGCUAGGAGAGUGUGAGCUUCCAGAACACACACCAGAGCUUGUGUCUGAGUUUCGGUUUAUCCCAAAUCAGACAGAAGCCAUGGAGUUCGAUAUCUUCCAGAGAUGGAAGGAGUACAGGGGAAAGAGCCCUGCCCAGGCGGAACUCUCCUAUCUGAACAAAGCGAAGUGGCUGGAAAUGUAUGGGGUGGACAUGCAUGUUGUCAGGGGAAGAGAUGGCUGUGAAUAUUCUCUUGGACUGACCCCGACAGGCAUAUUAAUCUUUGAAGGAGCUAACAAAAUAGGCUUAUUCUUUUGGCCUAAGAUCACCAAAAUGGACUUUAAAAAGAGCAAACUGACCCUCGUAGUAGUGGAGGAUGAUGACCAGGGGCGUGAGCAAGAGCACACCUUCGUGUUCAGGCUGGACAGCGCGCGCACCUGCAAGCACUUGUGGAAGUGCGCUGUGGAGCACCAUGCCUUCUUCCGUCUGCGCACACCCAGCAACAGCAAGUCCACCAGAUCGGACUUCAUCCGGCUGGGUUCCCGCUUCCGGUUCAGUGGACGGACGGAAUAUCAAGCUACUCAUGGCUCCAGAUUGCGAAGAACCAGCACCUUUGAGAGGAAGCCUAGCAAACGUUACCCAUCCCGGCGACAUUCCACAUUCAAAGCGAGCAACCCAGUGAUUGCUGCUCAGCUCUGCUCUAAAACAAAUCCUGAAGUCCAUAAUUACCAGCCUCAGUACCAUCCUAACGUCCACCCCAGCCAGCCCCGGUGGCGCCCUCACUCUCCAAAUGUCAGCUACCCGCUCCCGUCCCCAGCGCUCAGCCCCACAGAAAGGCUGCCUUUCGGCCUCGAGGAGAACGGGGGUACCCCAUUUGCCCCUAAAGCCUCGGGGCGGCAUCACCACCAGCACCAACACCACUCCAACUACGGCCUUUCGCUGACUCUGGAGAAUAAAGAGGCACCGCUGCGGUCACCGAACUCCAGCAAGGCCCUCACAAAACUGAGUCCAGGAGCACCUGCGCUGUACAGCGAAGCAGCUGCCCAUCUGAAGAAGCUGGAGCUGGAGACUGUGAAGGCUGCAGGACCCUGGCCUCCCCUGCAUAUCAACAUAAACAAGGCCGAGGAAAAGAAAGUUUCAGAGAAGACCCUUCAGACCCCACUGCUGCCUUCACCUGUGGCAGAUCACGUGAAGUGUAACAUUUUGAAAGCACAGCUGGAGAAUGCUUCUCGUGUGAAUGCCCAGAUUGGAAAAGAGGAGCCCCCAUUUGUAAAUGUCAACAAGAAAUCGAGUCUCCAGGACACUAAUGUCAGAAGCCCCAUUCCUAUCCGUGUGGAAACUGCCCAGCCAGCUGUGGAGAAGCCGGAAAUCAAGCCUCCCCGAGUGAGGAGGUUAACAAGACAGUAUAGUUUUGAUGAAGAUGACCUCCCUCCAGACCUUGCUGAAGCAGUGGGAGCCACCACAGCCACAACCACAAACACCACGAUGUCUGCCACUCAAGUUUCUGUGUCGCUGGUGUCCCCCAAAAUCCAGAAAGUCAGCUCGCCUCAGAAGUCAGAAGUCAAGAGCCCACUGUCCCCAGGGGCCAAGAGUCCCUCUGACCAUGGAGGCACCUUUACCCUGGGGCCAGGUGACUUGCUGAUGGACUUUACAGAAGCCACUCCUCUGAUAAAAACGUUCCCAGCAGAACCAGUGAUGAACCCGUUUCCUGAUCCCUUUACCUCAGGACCACAGUUCACUGCAGACUUUAGAGAGAACAAAUUACAGUGCUGUCCUGGCCAGUCUUCCCCAUUGAUUCCAACAGCGACCCUGCGGCCACUGACAGAGACUGUAGCCACAGUACAGACCAUCUACACCUCCCGGAAGCCCGUCUCUCUGGCAGCCAGCGCAGAGACGCUCCGGCAGGAACUGGAAAGAGAGAAGAUGAUGAAAAGAUUGCUGAUGACCGAACUGUGACACUCCAACCUUGCUGCCUGGAGAUGGCAUGGUGCCUUCGUCCGCUUCCUUUCCUCGGGCUCGGUGUGCUCACUGCGGCACGACCUACAGAUGUGUGCUCUGUUCGCCCAGGUCUCCACGGUUAGCGGAAGCCAGCUUCCGGCUUGACUUCGUUGGAAAAGUUAUUUUACGUCUCCUGAGCAUGAGAGGUUUUUCUACUGCUCAGUGCAGUGGAGACAGGGUUUGGUAGGAAGUUUUCAGAAGAAAGGGGAUUUCUAUUCAGAGGUACCUGUGUGUAUCUGUUAGUAACCCCAGUGGCUAACGCAGCACAGAAUCCUCCGCUUACACUCUCAACGAUGUGACUUUUUUUUAUGAUUGACAUUUGCACCAAGCUUUGGCUGUUUGUUAAAUGGGUCAUUUUAUGAGAGAAUAAUUCUUUACUGCUGGUUUUCCAUUUACACUGAAUAAUACACAGGUCUUAUAAAGUUAUUUAUUUUUAUUCGGACAUGAAUAGAUGAAUGGGGAAAAGUUACAUAUUAUACAACUGAAAAUACUUCGGCUUAACCUGAAAUACAGUUGAAUGUGUGAACUCGUUGGAUACAAAACAACUUGAGAUAAAUGGAAUUUAUCUUUGAGACCCAUAUAGGAAAAUCUAACUUACAUUGUCUAAAAAAAUCUUUACAGGGUCAAGAUGAUUCAGUAUCAGAAAGACUCAUUUGGCUUUUCCUUAAAAAAUUAUUUCUAAAUUCCAUCCACUCUAUGUUGACAGGAUCUGGCCCAGAAGAAACUUAACUCCCUUUUUAUAUAGUUUCAAGAAAUGUGUUUUUAAAUUUUUAUUAUGCACUUGAAUAACUUUGUGGGAAUUAAGGAACCCCUCCCUGCAGCUAGCUCUGAAGUUCUUCUUGCUUCUCCCACAUAUGCUGUUUUUCCAUAGCUGUGCUUGGCGCCAACUUUCCUUUUGUUAUAUUUCUUUACCUGACUCAUCUCCUUAUUAGACAGAUACUUUCACUAACUUAUAUGUCUUUAUAGUCACAUGACACAGUUAACCUCACUUCUCCCCAUUAACAGAUAUUUGAGUUAUAUGCAAAUUUUCACACUUAUAAAUAGUGCUGCUAUGAAUGUCUUUGUAAAAAAAUAUAUAAAUAAAUAAAUAUAUAUAUAUAAUCCUUCUCUUGGACUAUUCCCUCCGGAAUAUCUCCAAAGAGGGAUUACAAGGUCAGAGAGCAUGAAGUAUUUUAUAGCUCUUGUUUUAUAUUGCCAGAUUGCUUUCUAGAAAGAUCCAGUCUUUGGAUUGGAAGGACCUUAAAGGUCAUCUCAUUUAAACUUCCCCUCCUCUGAAUGCUUGAAUCCCCUCUACAAUUUAUAAUGCCACCAGCAAUGUAUAAGCAUUUCUAUUUACCAAUAGCUCUGCCAGUACUGGGUUUUGCUAUUCUAAUUUAUUUUUUUGCUAGUUUAAUAGAUGUGUAUAGUUAUUCUUGAGAAGCUGUCUUAUUUGAUGAACUGCUAGCAAGGCUGAACACUUUUCUGUGUGAUAAGUUACGAGCUGUGUUCUCUUGUAUGUAAACCGUCCACAUCCACUUCUUAUGACUGCUUGUUCCAUGGAACUGAUCUCGUACCUUUGUGUCGGAACUGUAUCUUUAUGUUGGAUUGCAGUUUGCUCUCCCUACCCCUACAAAUGAAUGGUGCCAAUAAUUUGAUACUAAUGACUAUAAAACUUGCCUCACUGACUAGCAUUGAUGCAACCGAGGUAUGUAAACAGGUAUUCGGAUAACCAAGGAGUAACCCUUUAAGGACUGACUCUCUACAAUUUAAUAUUUUUUGAGGGAAAUCUUAUAGAAUGUAUGGCACAUUUCCCUGCCUUAGUGCAGAGUGUCCUGGGGGGUCUUCAGUCCUUUCCUGAUGAAUCCUGGUUUUCAGUACACAUAUCAGCCCCUCCUGUACCUUGGUAUGGUACACACACACACACACACACACAAAUGACCCGUACAGGGCUUACCGUGACUUUGUGUAGGCCAUGACCCUCUCCUCAUCAAUAGCUCUUUAUUGUCCUGCUGUUUCCGUGGAACUGUCUGGGGAGAGUAUAGCGUUGGGUGGGUGCUUUUCACCCACACAGCCCUUUGAUGUACUAGCAAAAUGGCUUUGGCUGUCCUCUAUGACACAAACCAUGUUCCUAUAGAACACGGGGGUUGUCAUCUCCUGCCAACCCAGCAGCUGCUUCCUCUUCUGAGCUGCUCUCUGCAGUGUGUGCUCCUCCCCCUUGCUCUCAGGUGGAGACCCCCAGAACAGAGCAGAAGGUUUCCGGAGCAUUCAGGACACACGUAAUAUCCCACAUGUAUGACUUGCUUUGUUUCUAAGGAGGGGUGCAUGGAGGAUUUGGCUGCUGCUUUCAGGAGGCUUACAAGCUCCUACAUUGUCCCCCACCUCUCCCUUGGGUUUACAAGAGUCUCAACGGGUGGAUAUCACUGCAAGCCUGAGCACAAACAUGCUGGUUGCUAUUGUAUGUGAAAAGCCAGUACCACUGGCAGUUCACCCCAACCAGGAAAGUCCAGAGGAAUAUAUUGCUUCAGGGGCCAUUACCUUUUGCCUACUUAAAUGUAUGGUGUUGCUGAGAUGGUGAAGCUGCCCCGAGAGAGCUCACAGUGACUAUAAGGGGUUGUGCAGUCAUUACCUUCUUUGUCUACUUUAGACCCAAACAACAGCACUAGAAGGUAAUACAGCAGCCACUGUAGAUUCAAGAGGAGAGGGGAGAGUCUGCUAACAUAAUCAUUACAGAGCUGGGACUCCAAACCCUGGCCUCAGACUCCUAGUUGGAAAGUCACGAUGUGUUACUGCAGAGAUCUGAUACCCUUCAGCCCAUAGAGUCGACAGGUUAGGGACAGCACAGAUCUUUAGGUGUGAAAAGGGAAGCAUUUAGCAUUCAGAAAUUCCCACCAGGAUGCAUCUGGAAUUUUAUUUCCCAAAGAGCACAGGAAGAUUCUGAUAUCUUUUGUUAUCAUCCACCAUUUCAAAGACCAGAGACCUUUAAAGUCUUUGAAUAAAACCCAUUAUUUUAAUGAUUUUAAAGUGUGCACCUCGGUGUCGUUCAGUGUGUCCAUGAUGCUGGGCAAAUGUAGUCUGACUCGUGAUUCUGCCCCUCCCCCCAGCAAUCCCAACCACCCCCUACCCUGGCCUGUAAGUUUCUGGUUAUGAAUUUGCUUAUUCUGGAGACUUCAUAUAUCUGGAGUCACAUAGUAUGUGGACUUUCGUGAUCAGCUUCUCUCAUUUAACCGUGUUUUCAAGGUUCCUCUAUGUUACUUGUGUAUCAGAACUUCAUUCUGUCUUUGUGACUGAAUAAUGGAGAAGAUGAGGAUACCAUGGAUACCAUGUUUUGUUUAUUUAUUCAAUUGGCAGAUAUCUGGGUUGCUCCUGCUUUGGGGCUAUUAUGAACGAUAAUUUUAUGAACAUUCACGCACAGGUUUUUGUGUGUGAACAUAUGUUUUGGGUUCUCUUGGAAUUGCCAGAUCAUAUGACAACUCUAUGUUUAACUUUCUGAGGGACUUCCAAGAUCACAGCUUUUAUAUCUUAUGAAAUUCAAAGUGAAAAAUGACAUGCACCAGGAGGUCAGAGGCAGGGCACAUCUGUUCCUGGUUGGAUACUGAAUGGUAGUGCUAAUUUGGGGAUGUUUUAUAACAGAAAAAAAAGGGUCCUUUUGAGAAAUUAUUUUGAUGAGAAGAGAAAUAAAGGUUGUCUGUCUUUUAAAAAUGAAA